ACACAAAACCCUAACCUCCAUACUGGUGUGGAAGUAAUCAAAAACGUUAGUACAAUUUUUUAUAUUGUGUAUUAAUUGUGUACCAUAUCAAACAAUUGAUUUAAGUACAUGUGGGGUAGCUCUCUGUGGAGUAAAAAUGGGAAGUGAAAAUAAUUCCACGGACGCCUUGGUUGAAAACUUUAUUGGCCGUUCGAAAAAACUGUCUGCACACCUCAAUGCAAUCGAAAAGACAUUAAAUAAGCACAAAAAUCACACGGAUUCAAAGGUACCAAGGCUUGAAGAUCUAUCGUCUUGUUCACAGUUUAGAAGCAAAAUCAAGGGUUACCGUGGCAAGCAGAGUAUAUUCAAGCGACCCGAAGGACCUGCUCCACGUACCAAAAUCAGUGCCAUCCCUGAUUACCGAAAAAAUCCAGAAAAAUGGACUUGCUACAAUUUGGAUGAUGUGUCAGAGAUGUCUAAUGAAAGUAACAGCCAGGCCGCUUUGGCUUUUCUGAAGGAGCUUAAGCAGAGAAAAGAAAAGAAAGUGCGCAAACUGCGAGUGAUCAAAGGCAAACACGACACGAUGGAAAUUGAUAUUCAGACUGAGGAUAAUAAUGUGGAGGGUGAUGGAAGCAAUGCUGUUAUUUCCUUUAGGAAGCCCAUGAAAAAGAAAGAACCCUCCAACACAUCUAAACCAGAGUUUCGGAGUAGCAAAAUUGUAAUGCCUGAGUACGUCGUAGGUUUGAAGAAAGCCCCAAAAAAGAAAAAUCUGCCCAAAGCAGAAGCUGAAAAGAUUGACAAAAGCAAAGAAAUAAAGUUGGAUCAUCUCAAGUUUGAUGACGGCGAAGAGUAAUGUAUAAAUUAUCGAUUGAUGUAAAUAGUUGAUUGGUUUUCUUCAAACAUAACAGGCGAAAAUGUGACGCUAAUCUCACAAACUUCCUUGCUUCAGUCUGUAGCAAUUUUUUUUUUAUAUACUGUGGAAUAAGUAAUGUCAUAUUAUAAUUACUUAAAUUUGUAAAUACGUUGAUGCAUUAAAUUAUCUUGAUGAAAAA